GUUUGGAAAAAUGACUCAGUAAGUUGAGCGCGCCCGCUCCGGCCGCCCUGCGCCUCCCGCCGCGCCCGGGAUGUAUUCGUCCCCGCUCUGCCUGACCCAGGAUGAGUUCCACCCAUUCAUCGAGGCGCUGCUGCCUCACGUGCGCGCCUUCGCCUACACCUGGUUCAACCUGCAGGCGCGGAAGCGCAAGUACUUCAAGAAGCACGAGAAGCGCAUGUCGAAGGACGAGGAGCGCGCGGUGAAGGACGAGCUGCUGGGCGAGAAGGCCGAGGUGAAGCAGAAGUGGGCGUCGCGGCUUCUGGCCAAGCUGCGCAAAGACAUCCGGCCCGAGUGCCGGGAGGACUUCGUGCUGGCCAUCACCGGCAAGAAGGCGCCGGGCUGCGUGCUCUCCAACCCCGACCAGAAGGGCAAGAUGCGCCGCAUCGACUGCCUGCGCCAGGCCGACAAGGUGUGGCGGCUGGACCUGGUCAUGGUCAUCCUCUUCAAGGGCAUCCCGCUGGAGAGCACGGAUGGCGAGCGCCUGGUGAAGGCCGCGCAGUGUGGCCACCCGGUGCUCUGCGUGCAGCCGCACCACAUCGGGGUCGCCGUCAAGGAGCUUGACCUGUACCUGGCCUACUUUGUGCGGGAGCGAGAUGCGGAGCAGAGUGGCAGUCCCCGGGCAGGGAUGGGCUCUGACCAGGAGGACAGCAAGCCCAUCACACUGGACACCACCGACUUCCAGGAGAGCUUCGUCACUUCCGGUGUGUUCAGUGUCACCGAGCUAAUCCAAGUGUCGCGGACACCCGUGGUGACUGGAACAGGACCCAACUUCUCCCUGGGGGAGCUGCAAGGGCACCUGGCCUACGACCUGAAUCCGGCUAGCACCGGCAUGAGAAGAACGCUACCCAGCACUUCCUCCAGCGGGAGCAAGCGGCACAAAUCGGGCUCGAUGGAGGAAGACGUGGACACAAGCCCCGGUGGCGAUUACUACACUUCGCCCAGCUCUCCCACGAGUAGCAGCCGCAACUGGACGGAGGACAUGGAAGGAGGCAUCUCAUCCCCAGUGAAGAAAACAGAGAUGGACAAGUCGCCGUUCAAUAGCCCGUCUCCCCAGGACUCGCCACGCCUCUCAGGCUUCACCCAGCACCACCGGCCUGUCAUCGCCGUGCACAGUGGGAUUGCCCGGAGUCCCCACCCGUCCUCGGCACUACACUUCCCCACGACUUCCAUCCUGCCUCAGACCGCGUCCACCUACUUCCCGCACACGGCCAUCCGCUACCCGCCUCACCUCAACCCCCAGGACCCGCUCAAAGAUCUCGUCUCACUGGCCUGCGACCCCGCCAGCCAGCAGCCUGGACCGUUAAAUGGAAGUGGUCAGCUCAAAAUGGCCAGUCACUGCCUUUCCGCUCAGAUGCUGUCCCCCCCGCCCCCGGGGCUGCCGCGGCUGGCACUCCCUUUUGCCACCAAACCCACCUCCGAGGGAGGAAGCACGUCGCAGAGCUCAGCCUCCUACUCUACGCCCGGCACGUCCCCUGCAAACCGUUCCUUUGUGGGAUUAGGACCAAGGGAUCCAGCGGGCAUUUAUCAGGCACAGUCCUGGUAUCUAGGAUAAGAAAGAUUUUGUCCCACGCCCUCUCCUUCGUCCCGGGAAUCCCGGGGGACUGCCCAGCCUGCCCCCCGGCCCACGUUUUUGGUGGAAAGUUAAAGCGAGCAAGAAAAUCCCACCGACUCCCAGCCCGGCCGAAAGACAAAACACAGACACAUAAACACAGGAGGAAAAAAGGAAAAAAAGACAAAUGGGAAAAAAGAAUAAACCCACCCAACCAAGUCGACGAAAGGUAAAGACUCGGGCGCCUCUGCGGACCAGGGCCGGGCGGCGCCCCUCCCGCGACGAGAAGGCGCAGGGUGCGCCCUCCUAAGUUAUUCAUCUCCUCUCCGCUGCUUCUCUGGAAGGAACCUGCCUGCCCCUGCCGCUGCCCAGGACCAGGUGAGCACAGCCUGGUGCCCGCGCCUGGCAGCGGGGCAGGGCCCAGCGAGGCCACCUCUCCCCACGCCCCCACCGCCUCCGUUGGGACUUUGGCAGGACCCCACGUGGCGUUGCCAAACCGGGUGGCAGGCGCCCUCGGCAAGGGCAGCAGCGGCCACCGGAGGGCAGGGAAGUGACAAGAGUAGAAGGGGGUUGUGGGGAGACCCAGGCCGUCACCAGGGGAGGCGCAGAGGCAGAGGCUUUCUCAGGAGUGUCCUGCCUUGGGCCCGGGACCUCCGCCCUGCCCGCGCCCGCCGCGAGACUGCUCACUCACUCGGACUUGGUCUUUCAGCCCCCUCCCCUGCCCAGUUUGGGAGGAGAUGUCUCUAUGCAAUUGACCCCCAGCCCCACCCCUCAGCAUAGGAGGCCACCCCCCCCACCACACCCCUUCCUGGCCUGGCUCCACACCCCCAGGGGAGGGAUCCAUGUUGCACACACUGUAAGAAAUGCACUUUCCGAGGAAGGGGCUGGGGUGGGGGGACGAGGGGCCCGGAGCUCCGGGAGAGAGGGGCAGUGUCCACAGCCUCCACCCACGUCGGGAGGAGUGGACCCCCCACGCAGCCCACGGAGGUGGGAGGUGAGAGCGAGUGGUUUAAGUGCCUGAUUCCCACCGCCCACCCCCACCCCUCUGUCCAGCUGGGACUCGAGUGGCCGAGGGCAUCCUCCACCCCUCCCCUAGCAACCUGGCCACCUCCAGUCACCAACCCCUCAUCGCUAUGCCCCCCUCAGAGCUAGAGAGAUGGGACCCCCAAGGGGUUCCGAGGGGCAGAGCUGGGCAUCUCCCGAGCGUCCUGCCAUGCUGGGGCGCGGGGGUGGGGUCUGGGGAAGCUGGUGGGCCCCCACGCCUCCUCUGCCAGUGCCUUACAUCCUGGAGCGACACCCCCCCUCCCUGGUGCCCCCCAGCCCAAAGGGGGACCACGGUUUGCACUUUCAUCUCCCCCCUGAAGUGGGGCACAGCCAGGGAGGUGCCUCGAAGCUGGGCCCCCAGAAGGAGAGACGGCCGGACCAAGUGCAGUCCACAUGAGCCUGGAGUGGGGUGGGGGGUGUCCUGGGAGGGGAUUUGGCGCCAGCAUCUGGGGGGGCUAUGUAGGGGAUCUCCCAUCUGCUAAAUGUUUUCCGUUGAGCCGUUCCCAAAACACUAAGCUGGGGAUGCCGGGUGCCCCCACCACCCCGGCUCCCUGGCACCAUCCCUGCCCUCACCCCAGGUGGUCAUCCCGGGUGGACCCGGCCCGGGAGGGGGUGUUAAGUGUUCUAGGGUUAAUGAACCGAAACACACGGACCCCUCCCGGCCCGUCCACCUGAGCCCCCACCGGCCUCCUUCAUGCCUGGCGCUAGGGAAUAUCUCCCCCAACCACGACCCCCACCCUGGGGCUCAGGCCAAAGCCAUGGCCCUGGGCAGGGCCUCAAGCCUGUCUGCUCCCAGCCUGGCCCUCCGCUCCCACUCCCAGUUCCUUGGCCCGACUAGCCUCCUCCCACUUCCCCAGAAACCGGACUCUCCUCCCAAACCAGCCCCAGGGGCUUGGUAAACCCACUCGAUCUUAGAGAAAGACCCAAGAUCCAACCCCUCCCAGCCCUCCCAUUGCCGGAGAGGGUGGAGAACCCCCCUGGGUCCAUUCUUCUGUCCCCAGGGCCCCUCAGGCCUUCGGGAACCAAAGCUUGGGCCUUUCUCCGGGAGGGCAGGAGGGGCGGGUAGUGCAUUUGAGGCACCCGGAAACUUCUCAACCGGGAACCUUAGGGUGCAGGUAGGCGGGGGAGGGGAGGGGCACCUGGCAGCCCCCAGCUACCUAACGUUGCAUGGUGCUUAAUCGAGGGUUCCUGUGACCUGGCUGCUGACGUCAGCUCGUGGCGGCUGAUACUGCAUGGCAAAUUAUACCUGGCUCUAUCUCCUUCCCGAUAGCCCAGCCCCCGCCCCCACCACUACAUCCUCUUUAAAAAAAAAAAAAAAAAGAUACAAAAAAAACUUAAAAAAAUUCCAUGUUUCCUAAUUUGCACGAAAUUUUCUACCACAUGAUGUGCCUUGCCUUCAGAAAAUAAGUAUUACCUUAAACAAUAUCAACGCACACAGAUAGCUGCAUGCAUUGCUCGUGUAGUUAAAAAAAAGACAAAACAAUGACAUGAAAUAAAAAAUAAAAAUUAAAAAGGGAUGUAUUUCUAUUUGUAAAAAAGAUAAUAAUUUAAAAUUAAAAAGAAGAAGGAAAAAAUCACAUGCUAAAAAAAGAGCAAGCCACAAAAGAUUCGCCCCAUGGUUUGCCCCAGUCCCGCCCACCCUCGGCUCUGCCUCAGUCUCCCGCUGCAUUGGGGGAGCUCCCUGGUGCUCUGCCCACCCCAGCCCCACCCCAGCCCCACCCCUUCCGGGGCUCCAGAGGAAUUUCUGAAUCCCCUGCCCACCGCAGAGGACAGACCUCAGGGGCACGCCCUGGCCCCGGGCAAGGGCUUCUCUGGUCCCUGGAGCACAGGCCAGCGCCCCAGACGCCAUGCUCGCCCGCACAGCUGG